AGCCACGCCCCUGCCAAAUCAGAGUUGCUCGAGGGGUCAACAUGGAGGACAAACGCAGUUCGUCAAAAACGAACGAAGAACAAUCCCAGAGCUCACCAUCAUCUCCUCCUCCUCCUCUUCCCUCCGUCUCCUCUCCCUCUGGAGACCCUCCCGCCUCUCCCUCUAUCUCUCCCGAGGAGGCACGCUACAAUGACAUACUCUCUGAUCCUGACAAUGUAGAGAGGAGAUUUCCAGUCGACAGACGUAAACUAGAGCGACUCAUUGUCGCUGGUAAAGACAAGAAGAGAAGUGCAGAUGAUUUCUUUAAUGACAUCAUGAAAGUGACAGGGACGGUCAUACUCUGGCCAUCGAGACUGAAGAUUGGAGCUAAAUCAAAGAAAGACCCCCAGGUUAAAAUUGCCGGGCCCCUUGAGGGAGUUAGCAAAGCCAAAGAUGCGAUACUAGAGGAGCUGGAUACUAAGAAUAACAGGGUCACACUGAAGAUUAACAUUGCAAAUUCUGAGCAUUCGCAUGUGAUUGGUAAAGAAGGAUGUAACAUAAGAAAAGUUCAUAAUGAUACCCAGUGUCAUAUUCAUUUCCCUGAUUCCAAUCGUUACGCUCAAGGAGAGAAGAGUGAUCAGGUAUCAAUCACUGGAUCACUACCAGCUGUUGAAACUGCAAGAAUGAGUGUCAGAGAUCUCCAACCAGUUGUUGUUUCCAUGACGCUCCCUCUUCCUGGUCAUAUCACAUUGGACCCUCAGUCACCAGAUAUGAUGUCAAUCAGUGAAACUUAUAACGUGUCAAUCAGCAUCAAACCACACCCUCCCUCCCUCACUAUGAUGGUCUCCAUUCGCAGUUCAAUGCGUUUCCUUGACGGACUCAAACUGGCAGUUGUUAAAGUCAUUGAAUACAUCACUGGUGACUAUCCUCCUAUUACUGAGGUCACUUUGUUUGCUGAUAUUGCAGUCCAGCACCAGCGUACAGUGAUGGGUAUUGAUGGAGGCAACCUUCAGGACAUCAUGCAUGAGACUUGCACAUCGAUCCAUUUUCCUGAUCCUCAUUCACGCUAUCGUAGCAGUCAGAUCAGCAUCAUUGGAGGACUAGAGAACGUGUUUGAUGCUAGACAAAGAAUAAUGGGUUGUUUGCCAGUUGCUAUUCUAUUUGAUGUCAUUGAUGAAUCAGAGCAGUUGACCUCAGGAUAUCUUGGUGAAUUAAUGCAGUCAUUGGAUAUAUACAUCAGUAUGAAACCAAAAGGGAAGAACUAUAUACAGUCAUUUAUUGUUAAAAGUAUCGAGCGUAACAUUGACUGUGUCUAUAUUGCUCGUCAGAAGAUACUUGAUCUAGCCUGCAGCACUCUCUCUCGUCCAGUACAAUUGCAGCAUCACUCAUCUCCUGCCAUACAAACCAUGGAACAAAUAGAGGAAGUAUCUGAGACCCCUCCCUCUGAUGCCACUCAAGGUCCUCCGAUUUUGGAAGUCCAGACUUUGGAACCAGAUGAGACUGGUACGGAAGAACAGGAACGGGAAUCAGAUCCACUGAAGAGCAGUCUCAAUAAAUCUCAAGGAAAGGGAAAACUGACAGCAAAAUCGUUUGUUGAUUACGACCAGAGGAGAGAAAAGGCUGAACAAGCCAGGAAGAGUAAGAUUGAGCCUGAUGUUCCACGCUACCCCACUAACAAGUGGUCUGGGGAUUUCUUCUCUACAUCGAUGCCCAUUGCCCCCAGAACUGAGAAGAAUCUAGGAACACUGUCUGCUUUUCCAAGGGGUCUGGAUUCUUUAAACAAGACAAGCUUCAAUGCCUUAAUGAAUCAAGAGAGGGAGUAUUAUCUGAGUAAGACUGGUGGAGGAGAUUUCACACAUAAGGCAAAUCCAUUCAUGAGCCAAGCUGCCCUAGAGAGGGAACAGGCCAUCUUGACACGAGAGCAAAGCGACUAUGAUGACAUCAAAGAUCUGUCUAGCCUGCUAGUGAAACUAGGACUGGAGAAAUACGAAAGCAAUUUUGCCGAAGAGGAAGUUGAUUUUGAGACCUUUCUGACGAUGAACGAAGAAGAUUUGAAGGAAGUGGGUGUGGCCACACUUGGAGCCAGACGCAAACUGCAAAUUGCUAUUUCAGAAAUCUGCAAGUUAAGAUCAGAAGGUCCUAAGCCGCACUCCCUUCGUUCAACCAGUGCCAAGAAAAUGUCUGUCCCGGGUCCCCUCCUGGGGGUCGGUCGUCCAGAGAGAACAGGAGUCCGUUUAGCUCCAAGCUAUAUGAGUAAGAGUGUCCGAUUUUAACCGCCGCCUACUUUUGGUUGGAACGUGAUCAGUCUUUGGCCUCUUCCAUUAACAGAGCUACAAUAAUAAUGAUCAUAAUAAUAAUAACUAGUAUUAUUGCUACUACAUUUUCUAGUACCUACUUGGUUACUAAUAAGUAAAGGAACCCUUUUUUAUUCCUAUUCAUUUGACACUUCAUCAUUCACCUCCCCCUUUUCCUUCCCCCCUUUGUUUCACACAAAUGACACAUUAUCAAUUUUGCUUAAACUAUUAAUAAAUCUAUUUUUGUAACUGAUACACUAUUAUAUAAA